AUGGCCCCCAUUCAGAUACUAGAAAAGCAUAAGAUAUCAGACCGGAUCAUAGCUAUUACCACAGAUAAUACCUCGAAUAACAAGACUUUAAUCUCAUCUCUUCAAGAACUUCUUCAAGAAGCUUAUCCAGAGACCUCGAUCCCUCGAGUUCCUUACAUAGCAUAUAUGAUCCAGCUAUCCUUGAAGCAGCUGCAUGGAAAGAUUAGGGUUGACCCUAAAAACGAUAAUAUCGAGCUGGUUUGGUCUAAAGAUCUCCAAAAGCAUAAGAUCAGCCAGAUGACUGGUAUUGCUCGUACGCUCCAGAAGGUGCGGAAUCUAGCGGUCUAUAUCAAUGCAAGCCCACAAAGACGGGCUUAUUUCUGGGCAGAGCAAUUAAAAGAUGGGAUGAAAGACCCAUUAUAUCCUAUCCAAGACGUCCAGACUCGCUAG